AUGCAGGGUUCGGCCGGGGGGCGGCUGCACCGGGGCCUGCCUCGUGGACCUGGACUCGGGACUCCGGGCGGCCCUGCCCGGUGCCAUUGCCUCAGCCACGUCUCCCACCUCUCUGCUCGGUUUCCCGCCCCACCUUUCCCUUACUCCCGCAUCCCUGUCCCCUCGCUUCCCUCCGCGACGCCUCCAUCCGAGUAUGAAACGAAGCUGAACGCGUUGGUAACUGUGCUCAAGAAGAUACAAUCGCGGGAGCCCUCAGGGUGGCGCAUGGCGGAGAGGCGACGCGGGUGGCGCUGCAGAGGCGUCCCCACCCCCUCCGGGAACCGGGGCCCCGGAGCUGCCAGGCCCGCUGCACGCGGCGGCGCGGGAGAAACCACGGGACAGCAGCGACCCCUGCAGGUACCGGGCGCCUCCACAGCCGCUGCGCCAACCCUACUCUUAAGGUGGCACCACCGGGUUCCCAGCCCGCGUGCGCGGCUCUCGUGGUCCGCAGCCCACAGCCCUGGCUCCAUCGCUGCAUGUCUCCCUCGAGCAGCGGGCCUGACCGUCUGGAACGGCCGGAGUGUGCUAAUCCCUGCUGCUAUCUGCUUGAUCCCUUGACCCUACCACCUGCAGGACUUCGUCCGCGGAUGCCCAGCUAGCGAUUUCGACAGCCGAGAUUGAAAAUUCCCUGCGAGUGUAUGAGGAUGCGUAAGUCUCGCUUCAGGGAGGAACGACCAGAAUGGCAUUUCUUUAAGCCUAAAUCAAAUUUUUAUUUUCGUUUAUAAAAAGCAGAAGGCCAGCAGGAAAGGGUCGCGGAGGAUUGGCACGACCACAACCGUAGGACUCUUGGAUACAAGUUUUUAGGGUGAGACUGGGCGGUCCAGGGUUCUCCUUCGGCGCUCCCAUCUCGCAAACUCGUGGGCAGGUGCAGUGCUAGAGGCCGGGGGCAACGGCGGACCCGCAGGGUAACCUCGUCUCGCGCACCUCUCGAGCCCCCAGCAGCAGCCUACU